AGAGUGAGAGGAAACGCGGUUGAUGAGGGUGGAGAAAGGAGUUCACGUUGGCGGCUUCCCCCAGGGUAGAGCCAAGUAAGCGCGAGCGGAGCAACAAGCUGCUCCCGCCGUCGCAACUGCCUAGCUGGGGAAGGCGCCGCGUGAGAGGCGGCAGGUAAACAGGACGAGACCUGGUCCGGCAGAGGGAGCGAAUCAGAGACGGGGAGGCGGCGGGGGGAAAGGAUAAGACAGACGCGAGCCGCCCUGGUGCAGCCCCUCCAGUCUCCUCAACAACUUUUGCACCCAACAACAGCGAGGCGCGCGCGCGCGCUUGGCGUCCUCUUUUUUUUCUGCGCCUUAAGUCGGGUCUGGAGACAGCGAGCGAGCCCAUCCAUCCCAGGCGGGAGGUUCCUAAAGCGCCAGCCAGCGGCACCACCAAGGUUGCUUGCCCGCCUGCAGGAGGACGACUGUGGAAGAGGCGAGGGUGUGCGCGCGGCAGGAGCAGGCAACUCCCCCUCCCCCUGUGCGUGCGUCCGCGCACUGGGACGGCCAGCCAGCCAGAGCUCUCCGGUGCCGCGAGGAGCAGGGAUUGCAGGCUGGCGGCGCUUUCGCAAAGUUUGUCAGCGCAGAGGCGGCUCCCGGCUCCCCCCAGCAGAAUGCAUCAUGAGGACCCCUCCUCGCCGUCCCUGCAGAGACCCCGCUAUGGCUCUAUUGUGGAUGAUGAACGGCUUUCAGCAGAAGAGAUGGAUGAAAGGCGGCGUCAGAAUAUUGCUUAUGAGUAUUUAUGCCACCUAGAAGAAGCAAAAAGAUGGAUGGAAGUCUGCCUAGAUGAAGAACUGCCACCAACUACUGAACUGGAAGAAGGAUUAAGGAAUGGUGUUUACCUUGCCAAAUUAGCAAAGUUCUUCGCACCAAAAUUGGUGUCUGAGAAGAAGAUCUACGAUGUUGAACAGACACGCUAUAAGCGAUCAGGUCUUCAUUUCCGACACACAGAUAAUACAGUACAAUGGUUACGGGCAAUGGAGUCAAUCGGCUUACCCAAAAUCUUCUACCCAGAGACCACAGAUGUCUACGAUAGGAAGAACAUACCUCGAAUGAUAUAUUGCAUCCAUGCACUUAGUCUAUAUUUAUUUAAACUCGGAAUAGCUCCACAGAUCCAGGAUUUGCUGGGGAAGGUAGACUUCACAGAGGAAGAAAUCAGUAACAUGCGGAAGGAACUGGAAAAGUAUGGCAUACAGAUGCCGUCAUUUAAUAAAAUUGGAGGCAUCCUGGCUAGUGAACUUUCGGUGGAUGAAGCUGCAUUGCAUGCUGCAGUAAUUGCAAUUAAUGAAGCUAUUGAGAAGGGAGUUGCAGAUCAAACUAUCAAAACGUUGAAAAAUCCCAAUGCCAUGGUAGUCAAUGUGGAUGAUGAUCUUGCCCAUGCAUAUCAGAAAGAACUUUCAGAAGCUAAAAAGAGAAAAGAAGAGAAUGCAAGACUGAAGAAUGGCUCCAUUUUGGAGGAGGAAAGAGAUGUAUACGAAGAGUUGUUGACACAAGCAGAGAUCCAGGGAAACAUCAAUAAGGUCAACAUUCACAUAGCUUUAGCCAAAGUGAACGAGGCUAUUGACAGGCAAGAUGAAGUGGCACUGAUGGCAGGCUUGCACAACCCUGCUCUGAGCCUACUUGAAGUUCUGCCGCCAAAUUCCUCAUGGUACCUAGCACGCUUAUUUGACUCUAAAGAGCAGAAAUUGCAGAUAGCAGAGGUGCCAAUUGUGCUCGACAAAAGUGAGAUACAGAAGGAAGUUAGUGUUGCCAAUGGCGAAGCAGAGACUCACAAAUGUAAACUCAUGGCAGUUGACAUUAUCAACACUGCAAUUCGUAAUUGUGACCCGAAUAAGACAAUUGCUGCUCUAAUGAGACCUGAGGCUCAGUUGCCUGAUGUUUACCCAUCUGCUGCUACUGUCUACCAGACUGAGCUCUUCAAUCUUCAGCAACAAAAUGCUGCGAACUACCUGGCUCAUGAUGAACUAUCCAUUGCUGUUGAAAUGCUAUCAGCAGUUGUGCUGCUAAACCAGGCUUUGGAAAAUAAGAACAUACUGGCAACAAAGACUCAUCUCAGCAACCCAUCCAUUGGCUUUAAUAACCUGGAAGAAGAGAAUUUACAACGUUAUGCUGAUACCCUGAUGACUAUCAAGUUGGAAGCUUCAUCUCAAGGGCAAGAAUAUUUAAGCUGGAAUGAUAUCCAGAACUGUAUAGACAUGGUUAAUACGCAGAUUCAAGAGGAAAAUGACAGGAUUGUAGCCGUUGGUCACAUUAAUGAAGCCAUUGACCGGGGAGAUCCUAGAAAAACAGUAGAGGCACUGCUGCUUCCUACAGCAAAACUCCACGAUGUGAAAGAAGAAAAUGCACAUCAUUACCAAGAUGUUCUCAAGAAUGCAAAAAUACUUAAAUGCCAGGAAUGUAAUGAUGAUUCAUCACUCCUUUGGCUGGAUGAGAUACAGAAAGGAAUUUAUGAUGCUAAUGGAAACUUGGAAAAUGCAUCAAAAUUGGCCAUUGGGAUAACAAUGAUAAACCAGUGUUUGGAAAAAGGCGAUUCUUCACAGACUGUAGCCAUUUUACAACCUCCAAACUUCAAUUUGAGAGCUGUCCCGGAGUGUGCUGAAACCUACUACGAUAGCCUAUUGGAAGCCAAGAGUUUAAAAACCAAAGAUCCUGCUGAAGGUCCAUGGAUUGAACUUUUAAUGCAAGGCAAAUAUAACUAUUACUUUAAUGUGGAGACUGAAGAACACACUUGUGUACCACCUGAAGGAAUCAUACCCAAAUCAUCAUGGCUCACUGGUGAAGAGAUCCAGAAUAUUGUUGGCCAAAUUACAUCAGAUUACAACAGAGAACAGCUGUGGUUUGCAAAUGAGGGCCUGAUAAUUCAACUGCAAGCUCAAGCAAGGGGAUUCCUAGUGAGAAAAAAAUACAAGGAAAGAAAAGCAUACAUCCAAAGUCAUGAGCCAUCAGUCAUAAAAAUACAGGCAACCUGGAAGGGAUACAAGCAACGGAAAAUUUACUCUGAGAGAUGUGAGAUGUUUCAAAGAAAUAUUUCUUCUGUUAUCAAGAUUCAAUCAUGGAUCAAAAUGUGGUUAGCUAGAAGAGUGUACAAGAAGCGGCUACAGUACUUUAAAGAUCAUAAUGAAGAAAUUGUAAAAAUUCAAGCCUUUCUUAAAGCAAACAAGGCUAGAGAGGAUUACAGAACAUUGACUGGUUCCGAAAAUCCACCUUUGAAUGUCUUGCGCAAAUUUGUUUACCUCAUGGAUCAGAGUGAUUUAGACUUCCAAGAAGAGCUAGAAGUAACAAGAUUAAGAGAAGAGGUGGUCACAAAUAUCCGAUCUAGUCAACAGCUCGAGAAAGAUCUGAACCUGAUGGAUAUCAAGAUAGGAUUGCUGGUUAAAAACAGAAUAACUUUGCAGGAUGUAGUGUUGCACAGCAAGAAGCUGAAUAAAAAAAGCAAAAAUCAGGUGGAAGAGAUGGUCACUGGGGACAAGCAGGGCAUCAAGGGUUUGAGCAAAGAGAGGAGAAAAAAGUUGGAGGCCUAUCAACAUUUGUUUUAUCUUCUCCAAACUAAUCCAACUUACCUGGCAAAGCUGAUCUUCCAGAUGCCCCAGAAUAAAUCCACCAAGUUUAUGGAUACAGUUAUCUUCACACUGUACAACUAUGCUUCUAAUCAGCGAGAAGAAUACUUGCUUCUGAAGCUGUUUAAAACUGCCUUAGAAGAAGAAAUAAAUUCCAAAGUAGACCAGAUUCAAGAUAUUGUCACUGGAAAUCCUACUGUCAUCAAGAUGGUGGUUAGCUUUAAUCGAGGUGCUCGAGGGCAGAACACUCUGCGUCAGCUGUUGGCCCCAGUGGUGAAGGAAAUAAUAGAUGACAAAUCCCUAGUCAUCAACACAAGUCCUAUGGAAGUGUACAAAGCAUGGGUAAACCAAUUAGAAAUGCAAACUGGAGAGGCCAGCAAAUUGCCUUAUGAUGUAACAACAGAACAAGCCCUGACACACCCUGAAGUAGUGAACCGACUUGAGUCCUCAAUUCAGAGCCUGAGAACAGUAACUGAUAAAGUCCUUGCUUCCAUAGUGUCAUCUCUGAAUUUAAUGCCUUAUGGAAUGAGGUAUAUAGCCAAAGUUCUGAAGAACUCGCUCCACGAGAAAUUCCCAGAUGCAACAGAAGAUGAGCUUUUGAAGAUUGUUGGAAAUCUCCUGUACUACCGAUUCAUGAACCCAGCUAUUGUUGCACCUGAUGGUUUUGACAUCAUUGACAUGACAGCAGGAGGGCAGAUCCAUCCCGAUCAGAGGAGAAAUUUGGGCUCUGUGGCCAAAGUCCUUCAGCAUGCUGCCUCAAACAAUCUCUUUGAAGGGGAAAGCGCACAUCUCUCAUCAAUGAACAGUUACCUCUCUCAAACAUAUGAAAAAUUCAGGAAUUUUUUUCAAGCAGCAUGUGGAGUUCCUGAACCUGAAGAAAAAUUCAAUAUUGAUGAAUACUCUGAUAUGGUGACUCUUAGCAAACCAGUUAUAUAUAUAUCCAUUGAGGAAAUCAUUAACACUCAUUCACUACUGAUUGAACAUCAGGAUGCCAUUGCUCCUGACCCAAAUGACAUCUUGAACGAACUCUUGCAGGGGCUUGGAGAAGUUCCAGAUGUGGAGACUUUUCUUGGAGAAGGAGCUGUUGAUCCCAAUGACCCUAACAAGGAAAACACUCUAAGUCAGCUUGUCAAGACAGAAAUUUCUCUUUCACUGGCCAGGAAAUACGAUUUACGGGAAGGUGAAGAACAAGACAUCAAGGGCCUGAUGAUGAAGACAAAAAGACUUAUUAUUGAUGUGAUACGAGCUCAGCCAGGAGAGACACUUUCAAAAAUCUUGGAGACAACAGCAACUGAGCUUCAGGAAGCUGAGCAUUUAAAAGUGAUAGAAAAGCGUGCAAUCUUGGAUUCUAAAACUCCAGAGAAAAUGAAACACAGUCGAUCUAUUCUUGAAGAAGGGCAGCUACCAUUAGAACAAAAGAAAAGGAAAAUCCAGAGGAACCUCAGGACACUGGAACAAGCUGGAUUGGUUUCAUCUGAAAAUAAGUACCAAGAAAUCAUCAAUGAAAUAGCUAAGGAUAUUCGAAAUCAAAGAAGAUACAGACAACAUCGAAAAGCAGAAUUGGUGAAACUCCAGCAAACAUUGAAUGCACUCAAUUCCAAGAAAGCUUUCUAUGAAGAGCAAAUAGAUUUUUACAACACUUACAUUAAAACCUGUUUAGAUAAUUUAACCAGAAAAAAUUCAAGGAGGUCAAUCAAAUUAAGUGGAAAAGAGGAAGAGAAAGGCAACAAACUUAAGAAUAUUUCACUGAAAUACACAGCAGCAAGGCUACAUGAAAAGGGGGUUAUUCUAGGAAUUGAUGAACUUCAACCUAACCAGUUUAAGAAUGUUAUGUUUGAAAUUACUCCUGGUGAAGAAGUGGGUGACUUUGAUAUCAAAGCAAAAUUCUUGGGUGUGGAGAUGGAGAAGGUGCAGCUCCAUUUUCAGGAUUUGCUUCAGAUGCAGUAUGAAGGAGUUUCUGUGAUGAAAAUGUUUGAUAAAGCUAAAGUGAAUGUAAACCUCCUCAUAUUCCUGCUGAACAAGAAAUUCUAUGGAAAAUGAAGAUGGAUAAUACCUUGGACCCUGCUUAAAAUAAAGUCCCACUUUUGGGACUUUGCUUUUUAACUAUUUGAAGCUAUUUUAUGGCAGACAUUUUUUUUCAAGGAAGUCCCUAAGAAUGUACUUAUGUGCCUUUUUCAUCCUUUGGUAAUACAGUAGAAAAAUAAGAAAAUACAAAUCAGCUUAAACACUUCCAGAUUUCUGUGGUGUUGGUACUUGAUUAAAAAGGAUAUGAUCAGUGGCAUCCAAACAUUGUCUGAUUUAUUUUAAAUAUAUAUAUAUAUAUAUAUAUGUGUGUGUGUGUGUGUGUGUGUGUGUAUGUAUAUGUGUGUGCAGGGCAUUUAUUUGAACAGCACAUAUAGAAAGCAUUUCCCACUAAAAUAUAUAUACCCCAUUUACCAAAUAUAGUUCCCCUUAAGCAAUUACUCAUAGGACUGAAUAAUUUGUGUCUCUAAAGAACAGCUUUGGCAAAUAAUUCUUAAAUGCUAAGGCUUUCUUUUCCAGAGACCUGUCAAUUGUAAAGUGAAUUAUUGUGCAAUUCAAAGUUUUAUAGGUAAUUAUAAAUUUAACAAUUACUGUAUAAAAUAUAUAUUUUGCAAUUCAUUCCUAAUAAAAAUGCACUACUGUCUCUUUGAAAUCUUCUAUACACGACCUUUUAAUUUAUGUGUAAAGGGGCAAUUUGAAUAGUGAUCAAUUUUUUUGCAAUGUUCUUGAGGUAUUUUGAAGAAAUAAAUUGUGCCUGUCUUUUGUAAGAAAAGAAAUAAAAUGAGUAAGAGAAAAAAUAAAUAAAAAUUAAAAAUAAAAAUAAGCAUC